AUGGGAAUUUAUUAUAAUCAUGAAUAUAGUUCUUGGAAAUUUCAUAGGAAUGUCUUGAUAAAGAGUGUCACGUUUCCUAAAUUUUUAAAAGGGAUUGUAAUGGAAUUGCAAGAACAAUUUAAGGAAUUAGAAAAUUAUUGGGAUGAUAUGGAAACGGUCGAAUCCGAACCCAAAUAUUCAAAUGAUCAAAAUUCACUUUCAAAUGACAAAGCAAAAGAUGAUAACAAAAAGCAUGAUGCUUCCAUAAAUGCUAGCAAAAGUAAUGGAGAUAAAAUUAUUGAUAUAUCAAAAUGGAUAAACAGGUUUACGUUUGACAUAUUUUUGCAAUCAAUUACAAGAAAGAAAUCCUUUUCAAUGGCAAAUUAUUUUAAUCAAAUUUCAAAAGAUGAAGAAAAUAAAUUAAAGGGAAUCGAAUGUCUUUUAAAUGAAUGCAACCAAUUUAUUAAUAAACUUAAAAAUAGUUUAUGGUUAUUAGAUCAAUUUAAUUUUGUAUUAAUUGGUUUACCAAAAUGGUUUGAAAAAAUUUUUCUAGUUUAUAAGCUAUAUAAUAGAAAAUAUUUUAAGGAUUAUUGGUGGCUUUAUGAAACAUUAUUAAAAAUUGUUCAAACUCGUCGAUUCGAAAUUUCAUGCUCACCGAAAGAGCCAGAUUUAAAGGCUGAUUUAUUAACUUCAUUAAUUAAUUUUGGAACUUCACAUCCAACCGACGUGAAAAGUGAAAACGAACGCGCGCUAACAGAUGAAGAGAUCGUCUCAAAUUCAUUUAGUUAUAUCAUCUAUUAUAUAUGUAAAUAUCCAACAAUAAAAUAUCGCAUGAUUGAAGAAAUCGAUUCAAUCUUGGGAAAUCAUCAUGAUACGUUCACAUAUUUUAUGAUAGGUAAAUUGUAUUUUUGCGAAGCGGUAAUUAAAGAAGUAUUAAGGAUACAUCCCGUGCACCCAUUAAUUUCAAGGGUAUUAAAUGAAAAGGAUAAUGUUGGUGGAUUUACAUGGAACCUUGGUCAAAUGUUUUUUAUCAAUUUGCAUGCUAUACAAAACCACAAAUACAACUGGAAAAAUCCUGACGAAUUUAAUCCCGAAAGAUUUUUAUAUUUAGAAAAAGAAGAGGAGGAAAAAGUAUUAAAUAAGAAUGAAAAUCACUUUAUCAAAGAAGAACUUGAGAGGAAAACUUUAUUCGCUUUUGGUAUGGGAGUAAGGUCUUGUCCAGCUAAAGAUUUGGCCAUGAUCAUGCUUAAAACUAUGGUGGUCAUGUUUUUGAGAAAGUAUGAUGUCAUUUUGGUGGAUCAAGAGGAACUCCAAAUUAAUUAUGAAAAUAUGUUAAAUAUUUGUGAUGAAUUAAAAGUCAAAAUCAGAUCAAGGAAUCAUAAGUAG